UUUCUAUGUGCUCGAAAAAAACGUGAUCGGUGACGGAAAUGUCUAAUUGGAACUUCUCUUGAGUGUAAUAAGUGCAGAAGACCAAAUUGCAGCAACAAAUCGAAGGAAAUAUCAAUAAUCUGACGCUACCAAUGGUGUAUUCAAUGACAGCGUGCAGGUAAUCCGAUGUCAUGAUGAUCAGCGCGAUUGCUUUCCGAGAUGAACUGGGGAGUCGGUAUGAUUAAGCGACCAUACCAUGUCUCGGGACUCGUGCAGGCAUGCUGGUAAAAGAUCCAGGUAGUUUUCUAUAAAACAAAGGCAGACUUACAAACACACAUAACAAGGUGAUUGUUAUCAUAAUACUUAAUCAUGAAUACAGAACAGUUAGAUGUGAUUGAAAAUUCCGUGACUGUGGAAAUCAAAGACAAGACAGAAGACAUCAACCAGUUUGACUCUGUGUCGAAUGUGCGUUCUCAACCGGAUAGGUCUAGAGACAUGCUAGCAAAACAGGCUCUAAAGGAUUCAACCAACACACAACACAUGGACAGUAACAAGCGAGUCGAGGGAGGAGGCACCACAUACAGCCAGGAAAUGGUACCACAUAUGGCUCCCCCUCAAAAAAUGAAAAAAGUGAAGAGGGGUAUAUUUAUUUCCUAUUCCCCUGAUGCUGGGUUUGUAGAGAGAAAGUUUGUGGUAGACACAGUGCGGCAGCUGAAGGAAAACAAUCUUGCAGAGGAUAUUUGGUUUGAUAAGGAUGAAAAAAAUACUGACAGCCCUGUGUGGUUCUCUCUCCGCAUGGAGGCAGUGGAAAAAUGUCGGGCUUCCAUUCUCUUCUUCUCCCCAAGUUACUUUUCAUGUCCUGUGUCGAUGUACGAAAGUAAAACACUUCUACAAAGACGAAGACAAGAUCCACACUCAGUAGCCAUAUUUCCAAUCAUCUUUUCACCUUUAGACAACACAGAUAUUCCUAAAGACUAUUUCUUAUUAAUUAAACAUGCUGUAGAUUUAAGUAAGGACCAUUUCAAAAAGAGUCUAGCUGAGAAAACGUCAGUUGUGAUAGGAGGCAUUAUGGAAGAACUAGAAAAAUAUGCCUCCAUGAACAUACCUCCCACACCUGUGACUCCCCCUGACACGGAAUUCACAGAGGAGUACAAAAAGAAGAAGAUUUGCCAAUGGGGUGCUAGUGACCUACAGGAAUGGCUCUUCAAUUUGGGAAUAAAGGAGUUUUAUCGCCAGAGUUUGGCUGAAAAUAUGGUGGAUGGAUUUCUUCUAAUGUCGCUGACGGACCACGACAUGAUACAACAUCUAGGAAUUGACAGUCGCGUUGUCCGCAAAAAAAUCAUGCAGCAGAUUCUUAUCACCCUGGACUCGGAACACAAACAAAAGGUCAACUGGCACCUACGAGCUCGCGCUUUACGAGCCAAACCUGAUGUCAUCUACCUGGUGUAUGAUCCGGCUGAUGUCAGACUUGCACAAAAUAUCAAAGCUGACCUCAAAAAGAAAAAUCUGCAGGUGGUUCACCAUGACAGCAUGAAGCUAGGAAAGUCCAAGGAAGAAUUCCUAAACAUCAAUGGUCCAGUCAUGGCGACUUCGUCCCAAGUUGUUGUGCUCCUGACAGAGGCGUCCACCACCUCUCCGUUUGUCUUCCACGAGGUCUUGUUUGCAGACUGGCUCGGCAAGAAGCUUGUCACUGCCAUGUUUAAAAAUGUCUGGACAAACUUCAGGGCCUCACUCAAAGCGGUACUGGGUGAGUGCCCGUCUGUGGACUUUGAGACAAAGAUGUACAAUGAGAGUCUAGAUGUAUUGGAGCACCACAUCAAACCCCUGAGGCGAGUUCCCGGUGUCGUCCUGGAGCAGGCCUAUCUCAACAAAAUGGCAGAGGGCCUCAAGCCUCUGGAGGUUCUUGGCACUGUGUCGCCAGGUGGGGGCCAGUCUCAGUACCAUACGGAUGGCGAACCUCAGGUAUUUAUCAGCUACCAGUGGGACAUGCAGGUGAAGGUCCUGGACAUCAAACAGAUGCUAGAGAACAAUGGGCUUCAGUGCUGGGCAGACAUAACCAUGGCGAGCACCACGCAGCCGCGCGGCCACAGCAGCAAGAGUAGUCGUAGUAGCGUCACGCUGCUGGAGGUCGGGGGCGAGACGCUGCAGAGCCAGAUCCAGCGAAACAUGAAGGCAUCGGCUGUCGUUGUGUGCUGUAUCACCCCUAAAUACCUCCAGAGUGACAACUGCAAGAAAGACCUUACACUAGCCGAGACAUUCAAUAAACCCAUCAUUCCCGUCCUCCUCAGGUUCUCUCCCCUUGAGAGUGCCCCGGACCAGGUGCGAAAGAUUAUCACCAAGUUUAGUUGUGUGGACCUGAGUAACGAUCGCCUUUACAAACAGCACAUGGCAGUCGUCCUGGAGAGAGUAAAAAAGUAUGUAGUUCCGCGUGGGUACAGCUGAUUGCUGGUGAUAUUGACAUCAGACUUUCUUGUGAUAUGUAUUUUCUCAACUUUUUUGUUUAAUAUAACACACUUUCUUAAAGUGUUGAACCCCAACAUUGGACUUUGAACAUGAUAAAGUAUGGAAAUACCUUGUAAUGCACAAGGAAUAUGACCUUGUACAUGUGUGAUUUUUACACAAUAUAUUUUCAGAUCACUGUCCCGUGAGUAAACACAGGUAAAGAGGUUAACGUAACUAAGAUAUUUACACAACUAAUGAGAUCUAAUUUAAUUUCUUUUCACAAAAUUGUCACAUGAUUACAAAUAAAUGUAUAUGUUAACAAUCUUUUGAAAAUAUGUCAGAUAAUUCCCCUUACAAGGGUAGAUCAGGUGAACCAGUUAAGGUUGAAAUACUAAAAGCAAUUAAAACAAUAAAUAACAAUAAACUUGACCUAUGACCUCAACGGUCGUGGAAAUUUGAGUUCGGUUUGAAAAAUAAUACUUUCCUCACUGUUUGAAAACUUUUAACAUAUAAUUUCAGAAGGCAUAUUAACCCUUUCACCACUAUAGACCAUAAUGGACUCAUCCAGAUGAAUGUAUGGUAGAGUCUACUCAAGCUACCUAGGGGUGAAAGGGUUAAAGAACAGUGCCAUAUUAGUAAAACUAGCUCACAGAAAUAUGAUUAUAAUGUUCCGUUGGUUAUAUGAAGCAAAUGCUUUGAUGAAUGUAUGUUAAUGGUUUAUGAUGCCACACUGUCACAAAACCCUACAAUGCAAUGAUGUGUGAUUGAUCUGUACAUACAUGCACAGCACUGUUUGACACUGUUAAUCAGAACUUAUCUCUUACUUUAAUGCUGUAACAUGGUUGUAUUAUGUGAAAAUGGAAUGUACUUCAAGGUCAUGGCUGUGAUUGUCGUUUUCAUAUUUCCUAGUGUUUGUAAUUUCGAUGUGUGAAUGCAUUGGUAUGGAUGCGCCGUGUGUUCACAUUGUAUGGUUGGUUGCACGGUAAAUUUGAAUGUGUUGUGCUAGUCUGUAAUGUAGGGAUGGUAUAUAGCAAUACUCUAGUUUUUUGGAUGUGUUACGGGUGUGAUGCGACCUUGGUGAGGAGGUGACGUUGCUAAUUAGAUUUAUUUUUUUGCACAGGGAUUGUUUUAGUGUGUACAUUUAACGUUGUUAGAUCAUUUAAAAUUAAUCUAUUUUACAAAAAAUAAGUUCUGUACUAAAAUUGUAUCGAUUUACAUUCUUGGCUGUGGCAAUUAUGAUAUUUUUGUUGUCAAUGGAAUGGGUUUAUUUUAAUUUUUUUGUUAUACAUAUUUUUUACCAUAUGAAGUACAGUAUACCGUACACAAGUAUAUAAAAUACCAUUAUCCUGCUCAAUUUCAGUGUUUCCCCAGCAUACUGAAUUCUGCAAUAUUUAGCACCAAAACAAUUGAAAAUUAAUUGUUUUGAAUGAAAUAGAAGCAAUUAAAAGCAUAUACCAAAGUCAUAUAUCUGGUAUAAAUUAUCUUAGAAAAUCCUGUGAGAUAAACACAACAAUACUUGGUCAAUUACAAUGUGCUACAAUCAUACUUAUAAUUACGAUUAAACAAUACUAAGUGAAAAGUGUUGUGCACAACGUUAUUUACAGAAAUAAUAAACCACUACAUAAACUUGUUUGAGGAAAUUUUCUGUUGAUUUUAUAGUUUUGUUUGGCAUUUAUGACUGUAUCAAAUCAAUAAGGGACUCCCAGACAGACUUUCCUGAGCAAUAAAAAAUAAGCUAUUUUUUCAACAUUUUUUUGUAAAAAAAUAAUCACAGGUAAAAAUAUUUUUUUUUUUUUUGUAAUCACUUUCAAAAUAAUUUAUUUUCUUAGUUGCUAGCUAUAAAUAAUAUGUUAACAGUAUGUGUUUUCCAAUAAAAGUGAGAAAAGAGCUAAAUAUGUAUGUACACUUGGUACAAUGGAAAGAUGUCAGUCCAGACUAUUUUAUGUAUAAUAGAAUCUCAUAUGUCAGACCUCUUUUGUUUGUGUGUAAUUUGGAAUCUCAAAAAACAGACCACCUUGAAUUGUGCGUAAAGUGAAACCUUGUUAGUCUGGACCCUUUAGUUUGUAUGUAAAGUAGUAACUUGGAUGUGAGGCAGCUGAUGGUUUGUGUGUUAAAUGAAACCUUAUGAGUCUGAUAUGUUUGGUUGGUAUGUGAAGUGGAGCCUUUGGAUUGUGUAUGAAGACGAACCUCAGAAGUCUGACUAGUUUGGUUUGUGUUAUGUGGAACCUCAGAAGUCUGACCUCAUUUGUUUGUGUGUAAAAUUUCUUCUAACCCUGACUAUUUAAGAUUGUGAAAAAUCUUGGAAUAUCAAAAUUUAUCACUUUAACAAAUUAUUCGAGGGAAAAUGUGUUUUCACUCUAUUUUCAGUUGCCCCUUGCACGCUUUUCUGCGAUUGUUGUUAGUGUAUACUAAAUCUAUGGACGUUCAGGCUCUUUUACAUGUAUUUAAGUUUAUUUUUGUAUAAGAAAAAUAUCCACAUUUAGUUUUAUAAUACAAAAUGAAUUAUUAAUGAAUUAAUGAUAUAAUUAGUUCAUUGUUUGCUGUACAUGUAUUUGACAAUUGUUAUACAACUGGUGAUCUUUAAGUUUUCUAAAAAAAAAUCGUUUAUAAAUCCUGUGUUGCAUUUACCAAUGCGAUUCUAUUUUUUGUGGCAGCAGUUUGCAAGAUCUUCCUUAAAAUAGAAAUAUUCUAAUGACUGAAUAAAAUUGCAUCAUGAAUUUAUACUUGUAGUACCAAUUCAGUCUUUAGACCAAUACCAUAUCAGAAAGAAAUUAAUGCAAAACAUAUCAGGGCUAGCAGAGCAGUAGAUAAGCCCCCCUCCCCAUUUGGCAGAGAUAUUUAAUAUUGAUGAAACUGUUUUAGUAAAUAAUAUCAAAGUUUUAAUUGAUAUACAAAGUAUGUGUAAAACACAUUGUUUGUGUAUAAAGUAAAACUUUGAUAUUAAGUACAUCUAAACUUAUGAAUCUUAUUGAAGGUAAUAUAGUAAAUAUAUAUUUCUUUUGUAUAAAACUCUGUAUUAUUGUAAAUGGGAAAGCAAAUCUAAGUCGAAAGAAAAGCUGAACAGAUAGGAACUCUCCUUCGUUGGAGAUACAAAACAGAGCAAUGUGACUUUCUACCUUAAGCAACAUAGCGAUACAAUUUCUUAUUUUGGCUUGCUUGAGUGCAUUGUUAAAUAUUGAACCAGUAGAUAUGUAUUUGUGAUAUUUUAUCAAAAAGAAGGAGGCUAUAGUCAUAAAAAAAAAUUGUGUUUAUACUCAAGUUGUGUGAUCAUAUCAUCUUCUUGUAAUUUACAGAGAUCUUGUAACAAAUUCAAAAAGUAAAUCACAAACUUAGGAAAUAUUGACGUUACAGCUCUCAGUGAAGCACAACAAAAACGGAAUAACUUUAUGUACUUUGUUUUAAUUAUUGUAGCAUUUGAGAUUGAUCACAGAAUCUGAGUUGUGUUGAGCAUGAUAAUGAUUUUAUGGCUACAGGCCCAGAGCCAAGAAUAUGUUUUAUUAAUCAAUAAUGUGUUGUCAAUUUCAUGAUGUCUUCCACUGUUUUUGUGAUAAUAUUUUUGUGAUAGUUAUAUGUUUUUGUUAUAUCAUUAAUGAGAAUUUUCAACAUGUUAUUUACAGGUUAUAUGUCUCAUAAUGGCCACCAACUUGGAUAAUUGUUUCAAACUCCUAUGGAUUUUAGGAUUGAAUUUUGGAUGAUACAAAUAGUAUGCUUUGACUGGAAACCUGAUAAUUGUUGUAAACUUAUAAAGACUGUAUCUUGGACAGAGUUAACCAAAAGUCAGCAAGGCUCACCAAAUGUUUACUGUUGAAUGGCGUAGGCCUAUUUAAGAGCUUCGAGAAAAACCUAACACGAGAAAACCUAACACGUCUCUUUUUGUGUGUGUGUAAACCACCUGUAAUUUCCAAAUUUGUUUGGAUUAUAUACAAUCGCAUUGAGCUUUACAUAGUGUGUCACUUUAAAAUAAAUGAAUGAAGGGAGAUAAUGCUGUUUUGGCAUUCAACACUUGUGGUUUAAAUACAGAAGAUUAAUAAGAAUUUAUAUGUAUAUUUUGUACAUGUGUGUAUGAAAUUCUUCAAUAAAUAGGGGAUUCCCAUUUUAUUGUGUGCAAGUGUAUUAAACCUUAAUUUCAAUAGGGAAUUGCCUUUGUACUGUGUACACGUAUAGGAAACCUUCCAAUAGAAAGAGGGUUCCCUUUUAGGGGAAUGCUCUUGUAUUGUGUACAAUAAUCAAAUAGGAGAUUCCCCUUGUAUUGUUUACACAUAUGUGAAACUUUCCAAUAAAUGGGGGAUUCCCCUUGUAUUGUUUAUGCAUAUGUGAAACUUUCCAAUAAAUGGGGGAUUCCCCUUGUAUGUUGUACUAAUAUGUGAAAUUUUCCAAUAAAUUGAGGGGAUUCCCCUUGUAUUUCGUACACAUAUGUGAAACUUUCCAAUAAAUUGGGGAUUUCCCUUGUAUUUCGUACACAUAUGUGAAAUUUUCCAAUAAAUGGGGGGGAUUCCCCUUGUAUUUCGUACACAUAUGUGAAACUUUCCAAUAAAUGGGGGAUUCCCCUUGUAUUUCGUACACAUAUGUAAAACUUUCCAAUAAAAGGGGAAUCCCCUUGUAUUUCGUACACAUAUGUGAAACUUUCCAAUAAAUGGGGGCUCCCCUUGUAUUUUGUACACAUAUGUGAAACUUUCCAAUAGAUAUGGGAUUGCCCUUGUAUUGUGUACACAUAAGUGAAACUUUCCAAGAAAUACCGGAUUCCCCUUGUAUUGUGUAUAUUAAAUAUAGGGGAUUCAUGUAAAAGCUAUAUUUAUAUAUAUAUAGUUUAUAGUGAUACUUCUGCUAUUGUCUAUACCAGUAUGAAAUAUACAAGGUAUAUAGGGAAUUCCCAAUGUAUUGUCUACGUGCCAUUUUGAAUAAAUAUGGAAUUCGACUCAUAUUGUCUGCACCUGUAAGGAAUAUAGAAGAUAAAUAUUGUGUGAAACGUGAGAUAGAUAGGGAAUUCCCCUCCAAUUGUAUGUCUUAACGUCUGUGAAUUAUCCAAGAUAAAUAGGGAGAUUCCCAUACGUCUUUUUACAUGUGUGCGAAACGUGAAAUAGACAGGGAAUUCCACAUGUAUUGUCUAUACGUCUGUGAAUUAUCCAAGAUAAAUAGGGGGAUUCCCAUACUUUGUUUACGUGUGUGUGAAACGUGAAAUAAUUUCGACAGGGAAUUCUCCAUCCAAUUUAUAGAGAAUUAUUGUGUAUGUUGAACAAAAAUAAAACCAAAUAUGAAAUAGACAAUUAUGUGUGAUCAUAGACCAGAGUGUUUACUCACCCUCUCCGUAUUUUUUGAUUGUAAGAUAUAGGUCUAUAGAUCUAUUUCAUUUAGAGUCAAAAUUAUUAUUAUAUUACGGUAUUCCUGACAAUAAAAAAAACUACCAAUCUAUAAA